AUGCGUGUGACCGUCACACUAAAAGACAACGCAUGCGACGUUGCAGAGAUGUCGGUGUUAUCCGCCACGGUGACACUCACCGAGAAGAAUGAGAAAAAAUAUACUAUAUUCUUCAUAAUUGACACAUACCUCACCGAAGACGAGGCCGAGAAGCUGGUCCACAGCCAGACCAGUGCCGGCAUUGUCAAGGUGAAGGACAGCCACGCCAUGCCCGAGCCCUCAGCGCUAGAUAGGGAAGGCGUCGUUCUGAACCACGAGGAGGCGCCCCUGGACGUGGACAUCAAGAACGGCGGCUGCGUCGUGGUGCUGAACACCAAGAACCUUCCUCUGAUCGGGGAGGUCGGGCUCGGCGCCGAUCUCGUGAGGCUGAACGGCCACGCCAUGUGCUCCCCGGGGUUCUCCUGCGACUCGGCCUUCCAGGUGACGUACGUGGUCAGGGGGAGCUGUCGCGUGCAGGUCGUCGGCGUCGAUGGCAAGCGCGUGCUGGAGACGAAGGUGGAGGGGGGUUGCCUGUUCAUUGUGCCUCGGUUCUUUGUGGUGUCAAUAAAUGGAUCAAUGCCUAGAGCAAAAGGCAUUAAAAUCCAAUACUAUUAAAGCAUGAUUUUAAAUUCCGACAUCAAUGUAUCGAAAUAUGGUACACAGGCUAAAAACCCAUGUUAAUGAGCGAUUACUCAGCACAUUAUGAUUUGCAAGAUUCAAAAGUGUGUGACUUAUUUUUAUUCCAUAGUUAAUUUGUCUAGUAGGCUCUUAACUGAAUACUUGUGCUGCCUUCCAUAUCUACAGGGAUUGUAACCUACAUCUGUGCAUGUCAUUGG